ACAGCAGUGGGUCAAACUGGUUCCGGUACCACGCGUUCUUCCCUCUCUGACAGAGGGACAGAACGUACCCAUACCGUCUCCGCGAGCUAACAUAGCGUACUGUAUAUCAGACUGUUUUAAUCCGUGUCAGUUAGGUUAUUUGUCUUAUAAUUUGCUAGUGAACUGAGCCGCCUGGUUCUACAGGUUUCAUAGAGACUCAUAGCGACCAGACGGCGAGCAGCAGCUGGUAAACUCCCAAGAACUGAUCUCUGCCUGUCCAGCCAGGCCCAGAUUGUAAACUGUGGAAACUGGGGAGUUUUAGGUUUGUCUCCCCAUGACAACGUGUCACCAUGGUGACUGCGGCUCCAACAGUGAUGCCGAGCGGCGUGCCUCUGACGAUGAGGACGCGGAGCUCACUGAGCUUGGGCCGCUCCUGACAAGUACAGCAGAAGCUGAGAAAUCAAGAGGUGCGUCAGCAUUUCCGGAUGAGGAUGAAGAAGAAGAAGAAGAAGAAGAAGGUGGUGGUUUGCGGAUGAUUACACUUCCCAUACAGGCACACCAUGCCAUGGAGAAGAUGGAGGAGUUUGUACACAAGGUAUGGGAAGGACGUUGGCGAGUUAUUCCAUACCAUGUCCUCCCUGACUGGCUAAAGGAUAAUGAUUACCUGCUGCAUGGACACCGCCCACCCAUGCCGUCCUUCCGUGCCUGUUUUGGGAGCAUCUUCAGGAUUCACACAGAAACUGGGAACAUCUGGACGCAUCUGCUGGGCUUAAUUCUGUUCCUGUUCUUGGGCACACUGACAAUGCUGCGGCCAAACGUGUCAUUUAUGGCGCCCUUGCAGGAGAAGGUGGUGUUUGGGGUGUUCUUCCUGGGUGCAGUUCUUUGUUUGUGCUUCUCCUGGCUUUUUCACACUGUCUACUGCCACUCGGAAAAGGUCUCCAGGACUUUCUCCAAGUUGGAUUACUCUGGUAUUGCGUUGUUGAUCAUGGGCUCAUUCGUUCCUUGGCUGUACUACUCGUUUUACUGCUCUCCUCAGCCACGGCUCAUCUAUCUCUCUGUUGUAUGUGUGCUGGGUGUCGCUGCCAUCAUUGUGGCCCAGUGGGACCGAUUCGCCACCCCUCGCCACCGGUCCACACGUGCAGGUAACAUUCUCACCUGCUUCUCUGAGUAUUCCACCUGCCUGAUUGAUUUCAGAUGUUUCUUAAAACAUUUGUCCUCCUGUUUAGGUGUUUUCCUGGGCCUUGGUCUGAGUGGGCUUAUUCCCACAAUGCAUUUUACCAUCGCAGAGGGUUUUGUGAAGGCAACGACAGUGGGUCAGUUGGGCUGGUUCUAUCUGAUGGGUGCCAUGUACAUUAGUGGAGCAGGACUUUAUGCAGCACGGAUACCUGAGCGCUACUUCCCUGGGAAAUGUGACAUCUGGUUUCAGUCUCAUCAGAUAUUCCAUGUGCUGGUUGUUGCGGCAGCGUUUGUCCAUUUUUAUGGGAUAUCAAACCUGCAGGAGUUCCGCUAUGGCCUGGAAGGAGGCUGCACAGAUGAUACUCUGCUGUAAAGAAAAACAAAGCGCUUGAACUUUGGCCAGUGCCUGCUCACUUCACAAUGAACCUGGACCUGACCCAUUGCUGAUUUAAUUUUUAUUGUCUCUUGGAGGAUUUUAACAUAUAUUUGAAUAAGAUGUUUAAUUGUUAAGAUACGUUAAGAUAAAAUUCUUGAUAAAGGAGGUAGUCUUGUGUUUAUAUUGUUCUUCACUAUUUCAGUGCAGCACAGAAUUUAUUGUAAAUCACUGGAAUAAAUCAAAGCAUUACAGAGGUCUUGAGAGGCACUGCCUCAUCCAACACUCUUUCUUCUGACUGAUCUGUUGGUUUAUGGUUCUGUACUUUGUGAGAAUUUUAGGUAAAACGCAUAUGAACAUGCUUAGGUCUCAGUUUUCUCCAAACAUGUUUGCAUGAUCAUUCAUUAACUUUUGAUCUGAAAUGCUUAACCUAGAGCUUCAGCAAUGGGAUUCACGUUGAGACACAAUUAUAUAUUUUGUUUGAGCGAAUUAGUGUUUCAGUCAAAAAUACUUACACUGGUUUUAAAAGUCAAGAUAUUUAAAAAGAGCAAAAUAAAGAUGAAACACCUAGAA